AUGUAUUUAUGUUGUUCCAGUGUUAUCCUUAAACAUAAGACUUCGGGAGUCUACAUAUCCAAAAACAGGCAAGAUGGUUUCAUGCCCUAUUUGUGGACACACAGUUACCAGGGAAGACAAAAAAAAACAUUGACAUGCCCUAUCACUACAUGUCAAGCCAUUUUUCAUGGUAAAUGCCUUAAUCCGGACGAAGGUGAAUUCGAAAGAUUAAGGGCAUCAAGGAAGAAUUGGGCAUGCCCGAAUUGUGUAAACGCCCAAAAAAGUACACAAUUAAGCGAUAAAGGCUCUAGCCCUGCAAGAUCAGCUCUUCAGCAUCCAACUGCCUCCGACGACGCGUCACAGCUGCUCAUGACCACCAUCCGAGACCUAACGGCUGAGGUUAAGGGAUUAAAAUUCGCCCUCGAUGCUAAUGCCAGCGAGACCACUGUAAUUGGAGCGUACAGUUCAGGAACCGGCCAUUUUACUUCAAUACCGCUAGACGAAAAUACAUUGGCUUCGCGAAAGCUUCCACAUUUGUGGCUGGAGGGAAGGCUACCCACACCUGAGCCAGAUCUAAAAACAUGGAGGAGGGAGGGGGGAGAGGAGAAGAUGUCUCUUUACAUGAUCCAAGAGGAAUCAAUCCAUUGCGAGGGCCUCGAGUUUCCUCCGAGAUCUUAG